AUUGAAAGGGAAGACCCUCAUAAACGAACGAGUGAGUCAAAAAGAAGAGAACAUGGGUCUCAGGGUUGGAUGGACGUGAGGGGCUGCGGGGUUUAGGACAGAGGCCGACGAGGAGCAGGGAAGGAGGGCAAAGCGAAAACAGCGAGGCAUUGUGCUCGUACGCCAGGCACUGGGAGACACACUCAAACACAUUCACUCAUUCACACACUGACACGGUCGUCCACACAAGCGCUUGCUUCUGCCCACCGCCACACAGACUCGCGCUGGCAUCUCGGAAGGGCAGCCCCGUCUCCAGUCCAGUGUGCUGGGUGUCGCAUGCCGAUCGACCCGACUCUUCUUCAGUUCACCUGACCUCUGACACGCAGCCUCAGCUUUUCUCCAGCCCUGCCGGCGCACUGAAGUGGAUCCUCGGGGCCGUCGGUCGUCCAGUCGCAACUGAUCCAACGCCAGCAAAGGAGCAGCAACGCUGGACCGCGGAGCCAAGAGCAGCAGAGUCCAGUAAACCGCCUUUGAGGAUACCUUUCCUCGUCUGACCCAAGCUGAAAGUAAACACCAUCAUCACCUGAGGACUGAGGAACCUGCAGUACUCUAGACUUUCACAUCUCUUUGCGGGACACUAAGAAAGACAAAUCCAUCUGAUUGAAACAACUCAACUUUCGUCAUGGCGACCACGGGCAUGCAGCUGCUGGGCCUAAUCAUGUCCCUUGUGGGGUGGGUGGGCGGAGCGGUAGUCUGUGCCAUGCCCCUGUGGCGGGUCACUGCCUUCAUCGGUAACAACAUAGUGACGGCUCAGAUCAUUUGGGAAGGCCUUUGGAUGAAUUGCAUUGUGCAGAGCACGGGUCAAAUCCAGUGUAAGGUGUACGACAGCUUGCUGGCUCUGCCCAGUGACAUGCAGGCGGCCCGAGGCCUCACCGUGUUCUCCAUCCUGAUGUGUGGCCUGGCCCUAGCUCUGGGGGUCCUGGGAGUCAAGUGCACUAAGUGCAUCGGUGUAAACAGCGUCAAGGCCCGCGUUGCUCGCAUUUCCGGCGGCCUUUUUGCCAUCGCGGGCUUCCUGUACCUCGUACCCGUCUGCUGGACUGCCCACUCCAUCAUCAGGGAUUUCUACGAUCCACAUGUGGCGGCUCCACACAAGCGCGAGCUCGGCCCUGCCCUUUACAUUGGCUGGGGUGCAUCCGCCUUGCUCCUCAUUGGUGGAUCUCUGCUCUAUGCGGGGUCAAGUCCCCCGGGCAUGCCGGGCUCUCCCACCUUCAGCAGUGGAGAAAGUAGUCCUCGCAGGGCACCCGCCUCACAAGUCAAAGGUUAUGUUUAAGUUUCCAAAAUGUCCAAAUGCCUUCCAGUCCCACAAACGUAUCCCAGAUGAAGACAGACCCGAUUCCUCUCCUCUCCAUCUUGCUCCCUGUAAUUAUUUUAUAUUUAAUGUCAUUCCAGUUCAUUUUUUUCUCUGAGAGGCUGUUUAGCAAAAAAUGAACUUAUUUUAUUAUUUCAUACCUGAUAUUCUUCAAUAACCUUGUUAUCUGUCUGUCGGUGUUAAACACAAUAAAGGUUUUGGUUCUCAAAAUUCUCUA